AUGCUGCUCACUUGGACUUGCCCGCUGGCUCUGAUGUUCCUGGCAGGGCAUGGGGAGGCCCAGAGCUGCAAGCCAGAACUGCAAGGCAUUGGUAAGACCUGUGGGAAGGGAGGGGGGAAAGGGUGGCCAGUCUGUGAGCAAAGCCAAGUGGUUUUUCCAAGUGCACUCUUCUCCCCCCCUUUUUUUUUUUGUAUAUAAAUUUUUUAUUAGUUUUUUAACAUAUCAUUUUCAACAGUAAUUAAACAUACUUUUACAUUUUAUUCAAUUGACUUCCAUCAAUCCUGUCUGAAAAUUUUCCAAUCUAAUCUCUUAGUAUUAUCUUCCCCAUUACAUUUCAAACUCAUAACCAAUACAGUGGUGCCCCGCAAGACGAAUGCCUCGCAAGACGGAAAACUCGCUAGACGAAAGGGUUUUCCGUUUUUUGAGCUGCUUCGCAAGACGAUUUUCCCUAUGGGCUUGCUUCGCAAAACGAAAACGUCUUGCAAGUUUGUUUCCUUUUUCUUAACACCGUUAAUACAGUUGCGACUUGACUUCGAGGAGCAACUCAUAGAACACAGUGUACAUAGUAGCCUUUUUUGAGGUUUUUAAAGACUUUGGUGAUUUUUGAAGCUUUUCCAAAACUUCUUUUGCAGCCAUUUGGUAAGUUAAGCUUUUAAAACUUUUUUGGGGGGGUUUGGAUUUUGGGUUGGGGUGUUUGGAAUUCAAGGACUUGGUGUUGGGGAGGGGUUUGCAAGAAUCUGGAAGCUUGUGUUUUUUUUCUGCAUUUUCAUGAUUUUCUGUGACCAUUGGGCCACUCUGCUGUUUUUUUUAAAAAAAAUCUGGAUUUGAAUUUCUGUGUGCUGGGUGGCUGGGGGAACAGUUGGGGAGGGGUUUGCAAGAGUCUGGAAGCUUGUGGUUUUUUUUCUGCAUUUUUAUGAUUUUCUGUGACCAUUGGGCAACUCUGCUGUUUUUUAAAAAAAAUUCUGGGUUUGAAUUUUGAAAUGCUCUUUACAGUAUGUGUGACUUUAAAGAGCACUUAAUAAACUCUUGUUGUACCAAAUUUGGCUUUGUUUGGACUUUUUUUGACCAUAGGAACGCAUUAAUUGAUUUUCAAUGCAUUCCUAUGGGAUUUCGUGCUUCGCAAGACGAAAAAUUCGCUAGAUGGAAAAAUUCGCGGAACGAAUUAAUUUCGUCUUGCGAGGCACCACUGUAUCUCUAUCUUUUCUUACUUUGUAACACUUCGUAUAGUCCUCCUUACAAAACUUCUUGUAGUCCUACUAGCGUAAUUUGUUGGUUACAAUUACUCUUCAAAUAAUUCAUAUACUUCUUCCAAUCUUCUGUAAAUCUCCGGUCCCGCAGGUUUUGAAUCCUUCCCGUCAUUUUGUCCAUUUCUGCAUAGUCCAUUAAUUUCGUCUGCCAUUCUUCUUUCAUCAGAAUUUCUUCUUGUUUCCAUUUCUGAGCUAACAAUACCCUUGCUGCAGUUGUAGCAUAUAGAAACAAUUUAACAUCUUGCCUAUUAAUGUCCUGACCAAUAAUACCAAGUAAAAAUACUUCUGGUUUUUUUAAAAAAUGUAUAUUUCAGUAUCUUUUUCAUCUCAUUAAAUAUCAUUUCCCAGAAGUUCUUUACUUUUUUACAUUGCCACCACAUAUGAUAAAAUGUUCCUUCUUUUUCUGGUUUUUCCAAGUGCACUCUUAUUCCUCCCCAAACCAGUGGCCCAAAAGUUUUGUGACAGUGAAAACAAGGGCGCCAUCUUACUCAGUGGAUGGGGGCAUGUCAUUUUCCCACGAUCCAUUGCAAAGCCUGACGGGUGAACCAAACCCUGGACACAUGCAGUUUCUGGACCAAUUGAAAGGGAAGCCCCACAUGAAUCACAGUGGCCAAGCUGUCCCUGUCCAAGAAAGGGCACAGUUGGCGUAUCAGCCUAAGGGGAUAAUGAGUGCUUAGAAUCAUAUAACUGUAGAGUUGGAGGGGCAGGAAUCUCAGCUAAAGCAUCCAUGGCAGAUGACCAUCCAACCUCUGCUUAAAAACCUCCAAGGAAGGAGAGUCCACAACCUCUCGAGGGAGACCAUAUCACUGAUUCUCCUCUCACCACAGAGGUAAUCUGAGGCUCCAGUGAAAAAGAUGGAUCUAGGAGCUCCAAAAGAACUCCACAUCUCAUUCUUCACAACCCCAUUCAGAGCUGGUAAAAGUCCCCAACUUCUGGACCUGGGAACUGCUCACCAGGAAAGAGAUUAUUGAUUAGUUAUUGAUUAGUUAGGUGGGUGUUGUGUUUUGUUUUUGAAAACCACUUGGAGGUUUUAUUACAGUCAAAUGCAAUUUUGUAAAAAACAAAACCAAACAGAAUGAGAUUCAUUCUCAAUUUAUUGCUGCUGCUGUUAACCUACUGAUAAUAUGAAAGAAACAUAGAAGCAUCUGGGUAGCCACUGGGUGAACAUGGGCCCCUCUGGCCAAAUCCAGCGGCUGCAGGACUCUUCUUAAGCUGAUAUUUCUCUUCCCAUCGUCUUUCCAUGCUGUGACUCCAGUCCGCAACUUGGCCAGUGGCCGGCCAGCCUGCCAGUCCUCCAUCAUGUCACAUCCACUUGUUCCAUCAGCAAGCAAAGCCGUAGAUGGGAAUUGUGACGGGGACUUCGCUCACGCCUCCUGCACCCUCACCAAGUUUGAGAAAGAGCCAUGGUGGCAUGUAGACUUGGGGGAGCAGUAUGCCAUCACCGCCGUGCUGCUAAAAGUCUGUCUGCACUGCUGGUGCGAGAGACUCCAGGGAGCCGAGAUCCAUGUGGGAAAUUCCAUUGCUGACCAUGGCAAGUCGAACCCCCUGUAAGUUCCCGUUGCCUCUCCCCUCCCCACUCGUCCUUCAGCAAAGGCAUCCCAGGAGAUGCUCUCAAGAUGCCUGCAGAUUCAUUAACUUGUAGCUCCUUUGUUCUAUUCCCAAUCAGGGUGGGGGGAGCAGGGGGAAGUGGAUCCUGCCCAUAUUUCAAGACCUGCUUCUGUGUGGCAUGGCAAGUGCUAAUUCCUACUCCUGGGUGGAACGGCCUCUCUGACUUCCCCACUUGGAUGCUUCACUGGUGUCUCAAGUUCAUAAGUCCAAGACUGAACUUCUCAUCUUUCAUCCCUCUUCUUUCCCUCUCCCUCUUCCCUGACACUCCUGCCUUCUUCAUCAAGCAUGAAGCCAUGACUUUCUCUUUGACUGUUCUCCAUCCUUUCUCCUGCACCACAUUUUUAGUUUGUUGCGAGAUGAUGUCUCUUCUCUUAUAAACUCAUGACAAAAGAUUUUCCACAAUCUGUUGACUUCCUACUUUGAGUCCUGCAACUUCCUCCUCUCUGGUCUCCCCCAAUGGUGGGCUUCCCACUUUCCUCUUGGCCCUGUAGAUGUUGUUGAACUACAACUCCCAUCAUCCCUGAGUAUUGAUCAUGUUGGCUGAUGGGACUGAUGUCCAACAAUAUCAAGAGGACUGCAGGUUAGCUACCUUAACAUACAGAAGUUGGGUCUGUGGGCUUGUCAUCAAGCAGCGCUUGCCUUAACAUCUGGGGUAAACCAUGCAUGGGUCAUAUGACAUCAAGCAUCAAAUUUAAGAAUUAUGUUCAGAUCAGGGUUAAUUAAGAGAAGCACUAAGCACAACAGCACCAAGAUCAGAGAUAGGCUUAUAUCCAGUCUGAGCACUGUGGUUUUUAGCACUAAGAUUGGAGACUAGCCUCUGCCUGCUCUUUGACAGUCAGCUUUCAAGAACCAAGUAGCUUUUCCUCUUAUGCCCAAUCUUAGCGCUGUGGGACCACAGCUCUAAGAUUGGAGAUAAGACUUCACCCAGCCCUUAAGAGGCAGCAAGCAGAGGCUUAUCUCUGAUCUUAGCAUGGAAGCCUCACAGCACUAACAUCAGAGAGAAGCAGAUGUCUACUCCUACAGAUCAUUUUGGGACAACCACAUCCAUAUAUCAAUCACGUCAUGUCAGAUGACACUGGGUGCAAAAGUCUGUUGUCUCCAAUAGUGCUAUAUUUCAGUUGUGGUGGCCUGUGGCUUAAAAUAAUAGCAGUUCAUUCACUCAUCUCCAGUCUAACUGUCCCAGUACUAAGAUCAAAGAUUAGCUCACAUCCAGUCUCAGUGAUACGGUGCUUCGUGCUAUUACUGGUGCCCAGGGAGGCUGUUUUGCUGGCUGACUUUAAAAGGCAGGUGCUUAACAGAUCAGAGAGAUGUCCCUACCUGCUCUUUGGUAUGAACAUGACAUGUCUCCAUUCUGAGAGCUGUGGCCUCACUAAGAUCUGUGCUAGUUCUCCGCCUGCUCUUAAAAGGCGGCAGACAGAAGCUUUUAGCUGACAUUUGCGCUGCAAAUUGAGGUAUGGAAGUCCCGUCCCCCCACAAGAAAUAGUGAGUUCCACCAACAUGGAUGGUUUCAAAUGAGGAUUGGACCAGUUCGUGGAGAAUACUCUCCGUGAGUUCUGUCCCUACUUGCCUGGUCCAGUCUAGAUAGUAUGAGUCCCUGACACCUGUGCUAUUGGGUUCCUUGGAGCAUUGUCACAUACAGUGGACGCUCGGGUUGCGAAUGUGAUCCGUGCGGGCUGCACAUUCGCAACCCGCAGCAUUCGCAACCCGCGUCUGCGCGUCUACACACACACAGGUUGCGAUUUGGUGCUUCUGCGCAUGCACAAAGCGCAAUUUAGCACUUCUGCGCAUGCGCAGCCGCCGAAACCCGGAGGCAACCCGUUCUGGUACUUCCGGGUUUCAGCGGUCCGCAACCCAAAAAAACACAACCUGAAGUGUCUGUGACCCGAGGUAUGACUGUAUGUGUGCAGACAGAGUUAUUUUGAAUGGCUUCCACCCCAGCUGACUUCCUUUUUCUCUCUGCAGCUGUGGAAACAUUACAGACCCCACACGUGGUUCCAUCAGUACCAUCUUCUGCCAACAGCUCAAGGGCCGCUACGUAAGCGUGAAUCUCCCUGGACGCAAAGCUGCCCUGACCCUGUGUGAGCUGGAGGUCUAUGGGACAAAGUCGGGUGCUAAGUGUUAG